UUAUAAAAUAAGAUAGUAUUUAGAAGCUCGUGAGUCUAAUCAUAGACAUUGUGGCAGACACUACUUAAAAUACUGAGCUCUCUAUAUAAUUAAAUUGUGAUUGUGAUUCCUCUAUUGAACAAAAAGAUGGCUUAUCGACUUCAACUUGUUCUUAUCUGUGCUUCCCUUCUUUUGGUAUCGGUUAUUGGACGUCCUCAAGUCUGGAAUAUUGGAUUUAAUCCACCAAGACAAUCCACCGAAGCAACUGAAGCACCAAUCGUUCAGGAUUCCACACCAACAACAACAACUGCAGCCCCAGUACAAAGGACAACUCCUUCAAGUGCAUACUACGACUGUGUGUCGCGUUGUCCAACGACUUCCGAAUACAAUCCGAUCUGUGGCAGUGAUUCAGUGAACUAUCAUAACAUGGGAAAAUUAAAUUGUGCUGCUAGUUGUGGAACAGACGUAACUAUGGUAAGAGCUGGGACUUGUACACCUUCCGGUUAGAACUUGUACACAUUUAUUCUAAGAAGUGAUUAAAGUUCAAUUAAAUCAAACACGCGCUAAUUGUUAGUUACAAAAUCAAAUAUGCCGACGAGACACGAGCAAAUGAACACAGACAAAACAUAAUAAACUAGUUUUUUAAUUUUAUAAAAAUUCAAA